AUGUUGGGUUUCAUUAAUGACAAACGCUAUUGUACUGCCUUAACUACACAGCCUGGUGUGUCUGCGUCAAGUGCAACAUGCCGGGAGACCUACUGCAAUAACGUUAUCCACGUACAACACAAGGACCGAUGCGAUGCGGCACACCACAGUCAAUACAAGGAACGAUGCGAUGCGGCACAACACAGUCAAUACAAGGAACGAUGCGAUGCGGCACACCACAGUCAAUACAAGGAACGAUGCGAUGCGGCACACCACAGUCAAUACAAGGAACGAUGCGAUGCGGCACACCACAGUCAAUACAAGGAACGAUGCGAUGCGGCACACCACAGUCAAUACAAGGAACGAUGCGAUGCGGCACACCACAGUCAAUACAAGGAACGAUGCGAUGCGACACACCACAGUCAAUACAAGGACCGAUGCGAUGCGGCACACCACAGUCAAUACAAGGAACGAUGCGAUGCGGCACACCACAGUCAAUACAAGGACCGAUGCGAUGCGGCACACCACAGUCAAUACAAGGAACGAUGCGAUGCGGCACACCACAGUCAAUACAAGGAACGAUGCGAUGCGGCACACCACAGUCAAUACAAGGAACGAUGCGAUGCGGCACACCACAGUCAAUACAAGGAACGAUGCGAUGCGGCACACCACAGUCAAUACAAGGAACGAUGCGAUGCGGCACACCACAGUCAAUACAAGGAACGAUGCGAUGCGGCACACCACAGUCAAUACAAGGAACGAUGCGAUGCGGCACACCACAGUCAAUACAAGGACCGAUGCGAUGCGGCACACCACAGUCAAUACAAGGAACGAUGCGAUGCGGCACACCACAGUCAAUACAAGGACCGAUGCGAUGCGGCACACCACAGUCAAUACAAGGACCGAUGCGCUGCGGCACACCACAGUCAAUACAAGGAACGAUGCGAUGCGGCACACCACAGUCAAUACAAGGAACGAUGCGAUGCGGGACACCACAGUCAAUACAAGGAACGAUGCGAUGCGGCACACCACAGUCAACACAAGGACCGAUGCGAUGCGGCACACCACAGUCAACACAAGGACCGAUGCGAUGCGGCACACCACAGUCAAUACAAGGAACGAUGCGAUGCGGCACACCACAGUCAAUACAAGGACCGAUGCGAUGCGGCACACCACAGUCAAUACAAGGAACGAUGCGAUGCGGCACACCACAGUCAAUACAAGGAACGAUGCGAUGCGUUACACCACAGUCAAUACAAGGAACGAUGCGAUGCGGCACACCACAGUCAAUACAAGGAACGAUGCGAUGCGGCACACCACAGUCAAUACAAGGAACGAUGCGAUGCGGCACACCACAGUCAAUACAAGGAACGAUGCGAUGCGGCACACCACAGUCAAUACAAGGAACGAUGCGAUGCGGCACACCACAGUCAAUACAAGGAACGAUGCGAUGCGGCACACCACAGUCAAUACAAGGAACGAUGCGAUGCGGCACACCACAGUCAAUACAAGGAACGAUGCGAUGCGGCACACCACAGUCAAUACAAGGACCGAUGCGAUGCGGCACACCACAGUCAAUACAAGGAACGAUGCGAUGCGGCACACCACAGUCAAUACAAGGAACGAUGCGAUGCGGCACACCACAGUCAAUACAAGGAACGAUGCGAUGCGGCACACCACAGUCAAUACAAGGAACGAUGCGAUGCGGCACACCACAGUCAAUACAAGGAACGAUGCGAUGCGGCACACCACAGUCAAUACAAGGAACGAUGCGAUGCGGCACACCACAGUCAAUACAAGGAACGAUGCGAUGCGGCACACCACAGUCAAUACAAGGAACGAUGCGAUGCGGCACACCACAGUCAAUACAAGGAACGAUGCGAUGCGGCACACCACAGUCAAUACAAGGAACGAUGCGAUGCGGCACACCACAGUCAAUACAAGGAACGAUGCGAUGCGGCACACCACAGUCAAUACAAGGAACGAUGCGAUGCGGCACACCACAGUCAAUACAAGGAACGAUGCGAUGCGGCACACCACAGUCAAUACAAGGAACGAUGCGAUGCGGCACACCACAGUCAAUACAAGGACCGAUGCGAUGCGGCACACCACAGUCAAUACAAGGAACGAUGCGAUGCGGCACACCACAGUCAAUACAAGGAACGAUGCGAUGCGGCACACCACAGUCAAUACAAGGAACGAUGCGAUGCGGCACACCACAGUCAAUACAAGGAACGAUGCGAUGCGGCACACCACAGUCAAUACAAGGAACGAUGCGAUGCGGCACACCACAGUCAAUACAAGGAACGAUGCGAUGCGGCACACCACAGUCAAUACAAGGAACGAUGCGAUGCGGCACACCACAGUCAAUACAAGGAACGAUGCGAUGCAGCACACCACAGUCAAUACAAGGAACGAUGCGAUGCGGCACACCACAGUCAAUACAAGGAACGAUGCGAUGCGGCACACCACAGUCAAUACAAGGAACGAUGCGAUGCGGCACACCACAGUCAAUACAAGGAACGAUGCGAUGCGGCACACCACAGUCAAUACAAGGAACGAUGCGAUGCGGCACACCACAGUCAACACAAGGAACGAUGCGCUGCGGCACACCACAGUCAAUACAAGGAACGAUGCGAUGCGGCACACCACAGUCAAUACAAGGAACGAUGCGAUGCGGCACACCACAGUCAAUACAAGGAACGAUGCGAUGCGGCACACCACAGUCAAUACAAGGAACGAUGCGAUGCGGCACACCACAGUCAAUACAAGGAACGAUGCGAUGCGGCACACCACAGUCAAUACAAGGAACGAUGCGAUGCGGCACACCACAGUCAAUACAAGGAACGAUGCGAUGCGGUACACCACAGUCAAUACAAGGAACGAUGCGAUGCGGCACACCACAGUCAAUACAAGGAACGAUGCGAUGCGGCACACCACAGUCAAUACAAGGAACGAUGCGAUGCGGCACACCACAGUCAAUACAAGGAACGAUGCGAUGCGGCACACCACAGUCAAUACAAGGAACGAUGCGAUGCGGCACACCACAGUCAAUACAAGGAACGAUGCGAUGCGGCACACCACAGUCAAUACAAGGAACGAUGCGAUGCGGCACACCACAGUCAAUACAAGGAACGAUGCGAUGCGGCACACCACAGUCAAUACAAGGAACGAUGCGAUGCGGCACACCACAGUCAAUACAAGGAACGAUGCGAUGCGGCACACCACAGUCAAUACAAGGACCGAUGCGAUGCGGCACACCACAGUCAAUACAAGGAACGAUGCGAUGCGGCACACCACAGUCAAUACAAGGACCGAUGCGAUGCGGCACACCACAGUCAAUACAAGGAACGAUGCGAUGCGGCACACCACAGUCAAUACAAGGAACGAUGCGAUGCGGCACACCACAGUCAAUACAAGGAACGAUGCGAUGCGGCACACCACAGUCAAUACAAGGAACGAUGCGAUGCGGCACACCACAGUCAAUACAAGGAACAAUGCGAUGCGGCACACCACAGUCAAUACAAGGAACGAUGCGAUGCAGCACACCACAGUCAAUACAAGGAACGAUGCGAUGCGGCACACCACAGUCAAUACAAGGAACGAUGCGAUGCAGCACACCACAGUCAAUACAAGGAACGAUGCGAUGCGGCACACCACAGUCAAUACAAGGAACGAUGCGAUGCGUUACACCACAGUCAAUACAGGAACGAUGCGAUGCGGCACACCACAGUCAAUACAAGGAACGAUGCGAUGCGGCACACCACAGUCAAUACAAGGAACGAUGCGAUGCGGCACACCACAGUCAAUACAAGGAACGAUGCGAUGCGGCACACCACAGUCAAUACAAGGAACAAUGCGAUGCGGCACACCACAGUCAAUACAAGGAACGAUGCGAUGCAGCACACCACAGUCAAUACAAGGAACGAUGCGAUGCGGCACACCACAGUCAAUACAAGGAACGAUGCGAUGCGGCACACCACAGUCAAUACAAGGAACGAUGCGAUGCGGCACACCACAGUCAAUACAAAGAACGAUGCGAUGCGGCACACCACAGUCAAUACAAGGAACGAUGCGAUGCGGCACACCACAGUCAAUACAAGGAACGAUGCGAUGCGGCACACCACAGUCAAUACAAGAAACGAUGCGAUGCGGCACACCACAGUCAAUACAAGGAACGAUGCGAUGCGGCACACCACAGUCAAUACAAGGAACGAUGCGAUGCGGCACACCACAGUCAAUACAAGGAACGAUGCGAUGCGGCACACCACAGUCAAUACAAGAAACGAUGCGAUGCGGCACACCACAGUCAAUACAAAGAACGAUGCGAUGCGGCACACCACAGUCAAUACAAGGAACGAUGCGAUGCGGCACACCACAUUCAAUACAAGGAACGAUGCGAUGCGGCACACCACAGUCAAUACAAGGACCGAUGCGAUGCGGCACACCACAGUCAAUACAAGGAACGAUGCGAUGCGGCACACCACAGUCAAUACAAGGAACGAUGCGAUGCGGCACACCACAGUCAAUACAAAGAACGAUGCGAUGCAGCACACCACAGUCAAUACAAGGAACGAUGCGAUGCGGCACACCACAGUCAAUACAAGGAACGAUGCGAUGCGGCACACCAGCAGUCAAUACAAGGAACGAUGCGAUGCGGCACACCACAGUCAAUACAAGGAACAAUGCGAUGCGGCACACCACAGUCAAUACAAGGAACGAUGCGAUGCAGCACACCACAGUCAAUACAAGGAACGAUGCGAUGCGGCACACCACAGUCAAUGCAAGAACGAUGCGAUGCGGCACACCACAGUCAAUGCAAGGAACGAUGCGAUGCGGCACACCACAGUCAAUACAAGGAACGAUGCGAUGCGGCACACACCACAGUCAAUACAAGGAACGAUGCGAUGCGGCACACCACAGUCAACACAAGGAACGAUCGCUGCGGCACACCACAGUCAAACAAGGAACGAUGCGAUGCGGCACACCACAGUCAAUACAAGGAACGAUGCGAUGCGGCACAUCACAGUCAAUACAAAGAACGAUGCGAUGCGGCACACCACAGUCAAUACAAGGAACGAUGCGAUGCGGCACACCACAGUCAAUACAAGGAACGAUGCGAUGCAGCACACCACAGUCAAUACAAGGAACGAUGCGAUGCGGCACACCACAGUCAAUACAAGGAACGAUGCGAUGCGUUACACCACAGUCAAUACAAGGAACGAUGCGAUGCGGCACACCACAGUCAAUACAAGGAACGAUGCGAUGCGGCACACCACAGUCAAUACAAGGAACGAUGCGAUGCGGCACACCACAGUCAAUACAAGGAACGAUGCGAUGCGGCACACCACAGUCAAUACAAGGAACGAUGCGAUGCGGCACACCACAGUCAAUACAAGGAACGAUGCGAUGCGGCACACCACAGUCAAUACAAGGAACGAUGCGAUGCGGCACACCACAGUCAAUACAAGGAACGAUGCGAUGCGGCACACCACAGUCAAUACAAGGAACGAUGCGAUGCGGCACACCACAGUCAAUACAAGGAACGAUGCGAUGCGGCACACCACAGUCAAUACAAGGAACGAUGCGAUGCGGCACACCACAGUCAAUACAAGGAACGAUGCGAUGCGGCACACCACAGUCAAUACAAGGACCGAUGCGAUGCGGCACACCACAGUCAAUACAAGGAACGAUGCGAUGCGGCACACCACAGUCAAUACAAGGAACGAUGCGAUGCGGCACACCACAGUCAAUACAAGGAACGAUGCGAUGCGGCACACCACAGUCAAUACAAGGAACGAUGCGAUGCGGCACACCACAGUCAAUACAAGGAACAAUGCGAUGCGGCACACCACAGUCAAUACAAGGAACGAUGCGAUGCAGCACACCACAGUCAAUACAAGGAACGAUGCGAUGCGGCACACAACAGUCAAUACAAGGAACGAUGCGAUGCGGCACACCACAGUCAAUACAAGGAACGAUGCGAUGCGGCACAUCACAGUCAAUACAAAGAACGAUGCGAUGCGGCACACCACAGUCAAUACAAGGAACGAUGCGAUGCGGCACACCACAGUCAAUACAAGGAACGAUGCGAUGCAGCACACCACAGUCAAUACAAGGAACGAUGCGAUGCGGCACACCACAGUCAAUACAAGGAACGAUGCGAUGCGGCACACCACAGUCAAUACAAGGAACGAUGCGAUGCGUUACACCACAGUCAAUACAAGGAACGAUGCGAUGCGGCACACCACAGUCAAUACAAGGAACGAUGCGAUGCGGCACACCACAGUCAAUACAAGGAACGAUGCGAUGCGGCACACCACAGUCAAUACAAGGAACGAUGCGAUGCGGCACACCACAGUCAAUACAAGGAACGAUGCGAUGCGGCACACCACAGUCAAUACAAGGAACGAUGCGAUGCGGCACACCACAGUCAAUACAAGGAACGAUGCGAUGCGGCACACCACAGUCAAUACAAGGAACGAUGCGAUGCAGCACACCACAGUCAAUACAAGGAACGAUGCGAUGCGGCACACCACAGUCAAUACAAGGAACGAUGCGAUGCGGCACACCACAGUCAAUACAAGGACCGAUGCGAUGCGGCACACCACAGUCAAUACAAGGAACGAUGCGAUGCGGCACACCACAGUCAAUACAAGGAACGAUGCGAUGCGGCACACCACAGUCAAUACAAGGAACGAUGCGAUGCGGCACACCACAGUCAAUACAAGGAACGAUGCGAUGCGGCACACCACAGUCAAUACAAGGAACGAUGCGAUGCGGCACACCACAGUCAAUACAAGGAACGAUGCGAUGCAGCACACCACAGUCAAUACAAGGAACGAUGCGAUGCGGCACACCACAGUCAAUACAAGGAACGAUGCGAUGCGGCACACCACAGUCAAUACAAGGAACGAUGCGAUGCGGCACACCACAGUCAAUACAAGGAACGAUGCGAUGCAGCACACCACAGUCAAUACAAGGAACGAUGCGAUGCGGCACACCACAGUCAAUACAAGGAACGAUGCGAUGCGGCACACCACAGUCAAUACAAGGAACGAUGCGAUGCGGCACACCAGUCAAUACAAGGAACGAUGCGAUGCGGCACACCACAGUCAACACAAGGAACGAUGCGAUGCGGCACACCACAGUCAAUACAAGGAACGAUGCGAUGCGGCACACAACAGUCAAUACAAGGAACGAUGCGAUGCGGCACACCACAGUCAAUACAAGGAACGAUGCGAUGCGGCACAUCACAGUCAAUACAAAGAACGAUGCGAUGCGGCACACCACAGUCAAUACAAGGAACGAUGCGAUGCGGCACACCACAGUCAAUACAAGGAACGAUGCGAUGCAGCACACCACAGUCAAUACAAGGAACGAUGCGAUGCGGCACACCACAGUCAAUACAAGGAACGAUGCGAUGCGUUACACCACAGUCAAUACAAGGAACGAUGCGAUGCGGCACACCACAGUCAAUACAAGGAACGAUGCGAUGCGGCACACCACAGUCAAUACAAGGAACGAUGCGAUGCGGCACACCACAGUCAAUACAAGGAACGAUGCGAUGCGGCACACCACAGUCAAUACAAGGAACGAUGCGAUGCGGCACACCACAGUCAAUACAAGGAACGAUGCGAUGCGGCACACCACAGUCAAUACAAGGAACGAUGCGAUGCGGCACACCACAGUCAAUACAAGGAACGAUGCGAUGCGGCACACCACAGUCAAUACAAGGACCGAAGCGAUGCGGCACACCACAGUCAAUACAAGGAACGAUGCGAUGCGGCACACCACAGUCAAUACAAGGACCGAUGCGAUGCAGCACACCACAGUCAAUACAAGGACCGAUGCGAUGCGGCACACCACAGUCAAUACAAGGAACGAUGCGAUGCGGCACACCACAGUCAAUACAAGGAACGAUGCGAUGCGGCACACCACAGUCAAUACAAGGAACGAUGCGAUGCGGCACACCACAGUCAAUACAAGGACCGAAGCGAUGCGGCACACCACAGUCAAUACAAGGACCGAAUCAAUGCGCCACACCACAGUCAAUACAAGGAACGAUGCGAUGCGGCACACCACAGUCAAUAUAAGGACCGAAGCGAUGCGGCACACCACAGUCAAUACAAGGACCGAAGCGAUGCGGCACACCACAGUCAAUACAAGGACCGAAGCUAUGCGGCACACCAGUCAAUACAAGGACCGAAGCGAUGCGGCACACCACAGUCAAUACAAGGAACGAUGCGAUGCGGCACACCACAGUCAAUACUAGGAACGAUGCGAUGCGGCACACCACAGUCAAUACAAGGAACGAUGCGAUGCGGCACACCACAGUCAAUACAAGGAACGAUGCGAUGCGGCACACCACAGUCAAUACAAGGACCGAUGCGAUGCAGCACACCACAGUCAAUACAAGGACCGAUGCGAUGCGGCACACCACAGUCAAUACAAGGAACGAUGCGAUGCGGCACACCACAGUCAAUACAAGGAACGAUGCGAUGCGGCACACCAGUCAAUACAAGGACCGAAGCGAUGCGGCACACCACAGUCAAUACAAGGACCGAAGCUAUGCGGCACACCAGUCAAUACAAGGACCGAAGCGAUGCGGCACACCACAGUCAAUACAAGGAACGAUGCGAUGCGGCACACCACAGUCAAUACUAG